GCGCACCAGCCGGCUACAGCCAGUCCGGUCCGGGGCCAUUGUGAGUUUAUCGGUCCGUUUCAGUGAUAGGCUAGUUGUGCUGACUAAAGAUUCAGCAGCGGCCGCACGGGCGUCUACACAGAACAUUAAUCAAGCCGCUCAAGGGACCAGCGGCGGUGCGGAAGACGACGAGAGCAGCGGCAGCGACGGAGAUGAUCUCCCUACCCUGCAAGAGCUCCUUUCGAUGUCCCAAGGGACGAUUUCCACGGACCGACCUAAUUGCGUUCAACGGGGUUGCAAGCCUAGCGCACCAGGAACACACGGAAAAUGGAAUCCUAGAAAGCGAUCGUGCUCCUGGGCACGAAGAUAUUUCGGCUGGUAGCGGGCCUGGCGCUGCUGGCGCCGCAUCGCCAGCACUGAUAGUGCAUGCUAACGUCGAGGCUGUAGAUGAUAAGGCGUCUAGCGAUGACUGUGCGCAGAGCCCCACGACGGAGUUGAGCGACAGUCUCUACGCUGCAUACAUGCCAAGCUGUAAUGGCGAUGGACUCGCCAGCGCACAGCGGUCUGCGCCAAGACCGCAUUUUGUCGCUGACAUCUCCGGACCCGUGGGGAAGCAGCUGACUGCAUCUGCCGGUCACGGCGACGGCGACGACGACGUCAUCGUCCCCGCUUCUAAAGCAGCCUUGCAAGCAAAGGUCAGGAGCAGGUAUCGAAAAGCAGUAUACGGGCCAAUCCAUUGUAAGUACUCCCAUCCUGCCCGCCACCCCGUGCUCCUGCUAACCCGAAUUCUAGAUAAUGGGAGAUAGGUCUAUGUUGGAGACUAUGUUGUCGUGGCCUGCGAAGGCGAGGAGGACGGAGACCAGCCCCCGAUAGCGAGGGUAAAGAAAGUCCUCGCCAAUAAUCGCCUGCGGGUGCUGUGGACUUAUCAUCCCUCCAGCCCCGAGGUUCCUAGGGAUCUCAAAUUUGGCCCUCGCGAGGUCCUGCUCUCUAACCAUACGGACGUCGUUCGGGCCGCAUGUCUGAAGGGAUUCACUAACGUGGAGGAGAAUUGCCCGGAUUGCUACGACGCGCAGCGUUGGUGCUGGAACAAGCGGUUCGAGGCCCG